AUAGAUUGGGCCAUCUAAGUGUUCACCCAAAAACAAAGUUUGAUUUGGGGUUUCCAAUUCCCUCCUCAUUUCCACUUCCUCUUUCUGCGUCGUCUUUUCCAUACUCCUUCCGUUGUCAUUUUCCCUGCAUUAUCAACCUUCCUUACUAAUUCCUUCAUUCACACCAUUCAUACAUAACAACCUCAACAAACCUCAUUUCAAAUUUAAACUAUAUAAUAAUAAUUAAUGGGUGACAAUAAACGCAAGAGAGGUCGCAAACCCAAAAAUCCAACCCCCGAAACCCUAGAAAUCCCCAUCACCGCCGUCAAUCCUUCCCCUUCCCCUCCUCCAAUUGACGAACCUUUCUCCGUUGGAAACGUUGAACUCAUCGACAACGCCGCCUCUUCCCAACUAGGUCGCCGCCGCGGCCGCCCCAAGAAACUCCCCACAAUGCCUGAAAAGCCUCAAACGGGACGCCGCCUUACUCGUUCUAUCGACAGCAACGGUGCUAUCCCGACAGUUCCAGUUGAAGUCGACUGUGCUACUGCCAUGGACGCGGACCCUAUAUGGGAAAGCGUGUCGGCGAGGGUGUUGCCGUCAAUGGACUCGGUGGUGAAAGUGUUCUGUGUACAUACAGAACCGAAUUUUUCGUUACCAUGGCAGAGGAAGAGACAGUAUAGCUCCAGUAGCAGUGGGUUUGUGAUAGGUGGGAGAAGGGUUCUAACUAAUGCGCAUUCAGUGGAGCAUUACACUCAGGUUAAGCUCAAGAAACGUGGCUCUGAUACUAAGUACUUGGCUACUGUUCUUGCCAUUGGAACCGAGUGUGACAUUGCCAUGCUUACUGUUGAUGAUGAUGAGUUCUGGCAAGGGAUGUCACCUGUGGAGUUUGGGGAUUUGCCUACCCUUCAAGAUGCAGUAACUGUUGUGGGCUACCCAAUUGGAGGAGACACUAUCUCUGUGACCAGUGGUGUUGUAUCACGUAUUGAGAUUUUAUCUUAUGUCCAUGGUUCCACAGAACUUCUCGGUUUACAGAUAGAUGCUGCUAUAAAUUCUGGAAAUUCUGGUGGACCUGCAUUUAAUGGUAAAGGAAACUGUGUGGGGAUAGCAUUUCAGUCCCUCAAACAUGAAGAUGUGGAGAAUAUAGGUUAUGUCAUUCCAACACCAGUUAUCAUGCAUUUCAUUCAGGAUUAUGAGAAGAAUGGAGGAUACACUGGGUUCCCUAUUCUUGGGGUUGAGUGGCAGAAAAUGGAAAAUCCUGAUCUACGAAUGUCAAUGGGCAUGAAAUCUGAUCAGAAAGGUGUGCGUAUUAGAAGAAUAGAUCCCACUUCUCCUGAAUAUAAGGUUUUGAAACCUUCAGAUGUUAUCCUUAGCUUUGAUGGGGUUGAUAUUGCCAACGAUGGAACAGUUCCAUUUCGCCAUGGGGAGCGCAUUGGUUUCAGUUAUCUCAUAUCACAGAAAUAUACUGGCGAUGAUGCUGCAAUCAAAGUAUUGCGGAAUUCAAAUGUUCUCAAAUUCAAUAUUAAACUUGAUGGUCAUAGAAGGCUUAUUCCAGCACACAGCAAGGGCAAGCCUCCCUCAUAUUACAUUGUUGCAGGAUUUGUUUUUUCAACUGUUUCGGUUCCUUAUCUUCGUUCCGAGUAUGGAAAGGACUAUGAGUAUGAAGCUCCAGUAAAGAUUUUGGAGAAACUGCUGUAUGCAAUGCCACAAUCACCAGAUGAACAACUUGUUGUUGUUUCUCAGGUGCUGGUGGCUGAUAUCAACAUCGGAUAUGAAGAUAUCGUUAACACCCAGGUCGUUGCUUUUAACGGUAAACCUGUGAAAAAUCUUAAGAGCUUGGCUGCUAUGGUAGAGAGCUGCGACGAUGAGUAUCUGAAAUUUGAUCUAGAUUAUGAGCAGAUAGUGGUCCUUCGCACGAAGACUGCAAAGGCUGCCACGCUAGAUAUUCUUACAACACACUGCAUUCCAUCGGCAAUGUCUGAUGAUCUCAAGUCAUAAUCUUGUACAUUCUGCAUCUAGAUGCAGAUGCGUAGGCUUGGCUUAAUUUUUGUUAGAUUGAUUCCCUACAUGUUAUCGGGAGUUGCAGAAUGCUUCAUUUGUAUGUACUAAUGCCUUUUGGGGCCGAUGAGUCCCCUUUUUGAAAGGGAAGGUAGAUUAGAUAGCUAAGCAGGAUUUACAAAUUUAAAUUGUUUUCUGUUAUUUUUUAUUUUAUUUUAAUUUGGAGGGCAUUGAUCAAUGUAAAGAUUUUCCAUUACUUUAACCAAUGCAAUACGUUUUAAAUUUU